AUGGCUUCGACAGGAGUUAACGUUCUGCGGUGGUCCGCCCUUGCCGCCGGUCUCUUCUACGGCUUCAGCCACCAGCGCACCAUCUACGCCACCCAGAAGGCCGACCACAGCAAGCACGAGUACGAGAAGAAGCAAAAAUUGAUAGAGCAGGCCAAGGCCGAAUAUGCCAAGCAGAAGAACCCGGCCCCGGCCUCUGCUGACAAUGUCGUCACCGACGUCAACAGCCCUCAGUUCGACCUCGAGAAGUUCCUGGUAAAGGUUGCCAAGGAGAACCCUUAA